AUGAGCAUAAACACUCAUCUGGGCCACGAACAGUCCCGCAGGGAUGAUUUAGAGGCGAUGGGCCACAUGUUCAUGUACUUUUUGAGGGGGUCGCUACCCUGGCAGGGACUCAAGGCGGAUACGCUGAAGGAGAGGUAUCAGAAAAUCGGAGAGACGAAAAGGAGCACUACAAUCGAAUCUUUGUGCGAAGGACAACCAGAAGAAUGGGCAACUUACUUGAAAUACGUUCGAAAACUGGAAUUCGCGGAAACACCUGACUACGAUUAUCUACGGAAGUUGUUCAAAGAUUUAUUCGUCAAGAAAGGUUACAAUGAAGAUGGCAUCUUUGAUUGGUCAGAUAGGGUAUCCUGGUUGAACACAGAAGAAAGAAAAGAAGUCCACAAAACCAAAACUUGA